AUGCACUAUGAUAUUCCCAAAGAAUACAAGCACGGUGACACCGUUCUAUGGAUAUCCAAAGACACAUCAUUUGAUUGGGCUGGCGCAGGCGAUGUAGGCACUCUCAUGUUUCAGCCAGGUUACGAAUAUGGCUUCAGAAUACACUCUAACACACAGCCAAUAAUACAGGACGAAGAAAGCCGCAGGCGUGUAAAGCGCUCCGGUGAAGCGCCCACAGGAGACGAAAUCAUCGACAAUGCAAUAUACGCUGCUAAGCAAACAAUCUUCAAGAAAAAUUUCGUGCCCUGGAAAUUUCACCCAAGGAACUGGACGGAGCCUAGUGCAGAGAACGGCACCUACAUCUCGACCGUCAACCUCGAGGUCCUGCAAGAUGAUCCCGAGGACAUUGCUAAGCCGCUUGCCGGUACAGUCGAUGAGUCGUAUGCGCUCGAGCUGAGGGAGGGCGGUAACGUGAGUAUCACAGCAAACUCGAGUGUGGGCAUCGUCAGGGGCCUAGUGUCCUUCACACAGCUCUUCUAUGAGCACUCCGAAGGCGGCGCAUACACACCGUUUGCCCCCGUGACCAUAUUCGAUGUACCUGUUUUCCAACACCGUGGUAUCAACCUGGACGUAUCGAGAAACUACUUCUCCGUCAAGGACAUCGAACGCACCAUCGAUGCUGCGGCCUACAAUAAGAUGAACCGUUUCCACCUGCACGUCACUGAUGCACAGUCCUGGCCUCUCGAGAUCCCUGCCUUACCCGAACUUUCAGCGAAAGGCGCGUAUCGGCCAGAACUGGUGUACACCAAAGAGGAUUUUGCAAACCUACAGUAUUACGCUUCGAUGCAAGGAGUAGAGUUCAUCACGGAAAUCGACAUGCCAGGUCACACCUCCUCUAUCGCUUUAAGUCAUCCAGACCUCAUCGCAGCAUACAACGUUCAGCCAGACUGGAACACCUAUUGCGCGGAGCCACCCUGCGGUACGCUGAAGCUUAACUCGACCAACGUGGAUGACUUUCUCAAGAAGCUUUUUGAUGACUUGCUGCCGCGUGUGCUUCCAUUCUCGUCGUACUUCCACACUGGUGGGGACGAAGUGAACAAGAACUCAUACUUGAAAGACGACACCGUCAACUCGAAUGACUCGGCGGUCCUGCAGCCGCUGAUGCAGAAGUUCGUCGAUAGAAAUCACGACCAAAUCCGCGCCGCAGGCCUGACACCCCUUGUCUGGGAAGAAACGCUGCUAGACUGGAACCUAACCCUCGGCUCUGACGUGAUCGUCCAGUCGUGGCAGAGCGAUGAAGCAGUCGCGCAGAUCGUAGCAAAAGGCCACAAAGUCCUCGCCGGCAACUACAACUACUGGUAUCUUGACUGCGGCAAAGGCCAAUGGCUUAAUUUUGAUACCUCUGUCAGCGCCCAGUACUGGCCUUAUGAAGACUACUGCGCCCCUUUCCACAACUGGCGCCUCGCCUACUCGUAUGACCCACUGACAUCGGUGCCAACCGAUUCUCAACAUCUUGUUAUAGGCGGCGAAGCCCACAUGUGGGCUGAGCAGACCGAUCCUAUAAAUGUUGAUCGUAUGAUUUGGCCGCGAGGCUCAGCCGUUGCCGAGAUCCUCUGGAGCGGAGCAAAGGACGCACAGGGACAGAAUAGGAGCCAGAUCGAUGCCGCACCAAGAUUGAGCGAGAUGAGAGAGAGACUCGUGGCCAGAGGUAUAGGCGCUGAACCAAUCCAGAUGCCGUUUUGUACAAUGGAGGGGAAUGUGUGCGAACUUGGAUAA